AUGGAUGGCCAUGACGCCGUUCCCAGGUCGCCACCACACGGUGACACGUCCUGGCAGGUAGCAGUGGCUUUGCAAGACAUGAAGUUCUCCGCCGCGCAUUUUGUCGCCUUUGAGGGUUUCCGAGAACCUUUGCAUGGUCACAACUAUACAGUAGGUGCACGAAUUGGCUCCAAGCGGCCUCAGGCAGAUGGCUACGUGGUCGACUUCGGCGAUCUGAAAAAGGUCAUCCGAGGCAUUUGCAAGGAGAUGGACCAGCGGACUCUUCUUCCGGCGAAGAGCGACGUACUUUCCUUCUGUCAGGACUCUAGUUCAGACAAGCUGGAGAUACAGUGCCAGGGUGGCGUCAGAAUGGUGCUGCCUCGGCAGGACUGCCUUCUGCUCCCAAUUGUGCACACUACUGCAGAGGAGCUAGCGGAAUACAUUGCGUCAGAGGUCAUCUCACGGAUUGGCGGCUUUUUGGAGAAGCGUGGGUGCGAAUGGUUGGAGGCAA